AUGCCGCCCCGAAUCAACAUCCCGCCGGUCACCCGGGUCCUGCUGGCUGUCCUCGUCGUGCAGUCGUUUCUGAGCGCGGCGAUCCGCUAUCGUCAAUGGAGCGCGACAUCCGAGAUCGUGAUACCGUACCUGACGCUCAUCCCUCAGCUCUCCCUUAUUUAUCCGUGGACGUUUUUGACCUCAACGUUGGUCGAGAACAACAUCUUCACUCUCGGAAUUGCCGGCGUCACCAUUUACCAAGGCGGUAGAUACCUCGAGAGAGCUUGGUCUUCAGCGGAGCUGGCCAAGUUUGUCGCCGUCACGGCGCUGAUUCCCAAUGUCCUGACCUUUGCGCUCAUGAUCAUCUUCUUCACCCUGACAAGGAACGAGCGUUGGACACUGACCGUUAUUGGCGGCACGAUCCCGAUGCAGAUCUCUUUCCUCGUCGCAUUUAGCCAGCUCGUCCCGGCGCACACCGUUACUCUGUUCCGCGGCAUCCUCUCCCUUCGAGUUCCGCGAUUCCCUCUAUUAUAUCUCGGCAUCUUCUUUAUUCUGUCUCUGACGCCGCUUUUGACGGCGGCCUCUUUCUCCCUUGCUCUGAGCGGCCUGCUAACGAGCUGGACAUACCUCCGCUUCUACAAGACCGUCUUCCCCGACCUCGACUCUUCUCAGCCGACUUCCCUCCGCGGAGACGCCAGCGAGACGUUUGCAUUUGCCGAGUUCUUCCCGGCGCCGGUGAAGCCCUUCGUUGCCACCCUUUCAAACCAGAUCUUUGAGGUGCUGGUGGCGAUGCGGAUAUGCAGCCCCUUCUCCCCGGACAACGUCCCGUCCGGACGAGGCAACAACUUCAUACAGAGAGGCGCACCUGGUGGUGCGAGAGCCGAGGCGGAGCGGAGACGAGCGCUGGCACUGAAGACGUUGGAUCAGAGGCUCCACGCCGCCACCGCGGGCACACCGGCACGAUCUUCGUCACAACCUCCGGCGCAGCAGCCCACGGGUCCGACGGUACAGACGCAGCCGCAGCCCAACACGCAGACGGCUAUGACUACGCAGCCUACUGCGAUGCUGGGGGAGACCAACUACCACCCCGAGCAGGAGUCGAGCGAUAAAUCCGCAUCGUGA